CCAUAGACAACGGAAUCAAAAGCCGUCCAUUGCCGCAUCGUGCAGCGCAGCCAUGACCGAGGCGCAGCUUGAUGCCUCCUUCACUAAUUCCGUGGGGCCGUUGUACAUAGAUUCAAGAAGACCGCAGUGGUAGCGUGCCGCCGGGUCGACGCGUACCCAGUCUCUUACUACUUUCCGACAGAAGCAAAGUUGAGCAAUUGACCCGCCUCUCACGAUGCCGUCUACGCAGUUCGCGUUCAAGGAAAAGUACCGAUACCAGAACGGCUUCAACUCGUACCAUGAGUCCGAAGCAGUAGAGGGCGCCCUCCCCAUCGGCGCAAACUCACCACAAAAGCCCCCCUACGGCCUCUACGCCGAGAAGCUUUCUGGGACCGCCUUCACAGCCCCUAGGCACGAGAACCAGCAAACAUGGCUCUAUCGUAUCUUGCCAUCUUGCGGCCACAGUAAUUUUGAGCCCCGUGAAUCGGCCACAUUCAACACAAACCCCGAGAACAAGCCAUGGGAGCGGAUACACUAUAUCCCAAAUCAGCUCCGAUGGGACCCAUUCGACCUCGACGAGACGGUAGACUGGGUGCACUCUCUGCACCUGGUGGCUGGUGCUGGUGACCCCACAAUGAAGUCGGGAGUCGGAUACUUUAUAUACGCUGCAGGAAAGGAUAUGGAGGCCAAUGAAGCAUUCUACUCGGCUGAUGGUGAUUUCCUAAUCGUCGCCCAGCACGGUGUGCUUGAUAUUCAGACUGAGCUGGGCCGUCUUAUUGUACGGCCCAACGAGAUCUGCGUCAUACCGCGUGGUAUUCGAUACCGCGUCACGCUUCCUCAAGGCCCUGUGCGGGGAUAUAUCCUAGAGCUGUAUCAGGGACACUUCACCCUCCCCGAGCUUGGGCCCAUAGGCUCCAAUUGCCUUGCGAACGCGCGAGAUUUCCAGGCACCAGUGGCCGACUUUGACGAAGACACGGAGACAGAGUGGCAAAUCCUCGCAAAGUUUGCUGGCCACCUCUAUGCUGCAAAGCAAAAGCAUACGCCAUUCGAUGUGGUGGCAUGGCAUGGCCUUUACUAUCCAUACAAGUACGACCUCGGUCGCUUCAGCACAAUAGGGAGCAUUUCAUACGAUCACCCAGAUCCAUCCAUCUUCACUGUUCUCACCGCGCCCUCGGACCAUGCAGGAACCGCAGUUGCGGACUUUGUAAUCUUCCCGCCUCGGUGGUUGGUUGCUGAAAAUACGUUCCGACCGCCAUGGUACCACCGAAACACCAUGUCGGAGUUUAUGGGCCUUAUUGGCGGCCAGUACGAUGCCAAGACUGGAGGAGGCUUCCAGCCAGCGGGCGCAUCUCUACAUAAUGUCAUGUCGGGCCAUGGCCCUGACGCUGCUACUCACGAGAAAGCAUCCAAUGUUGAGCUGCAGCCGAAUAAAGUCGGCGAGGGUAGCAUGGCGUUUAUGUUCGAGAGCUGCUUGAUGAUCGGCGUAACAGACUGGGGCCUAAAAAAGUGCCGAAAGAUCCAGGAAGGCUACAACGCCGAAAGUUGGGAGCCGCUCAAGCCGCACUUCAAAAGGCCUGGCAAGAAGAUUGACAAUGGCGUCUCGCCGCUGGCGGCAGGAUCAGAGGGCGACAAGGGACAAGUGCCUCACUACACGUGAGGAGAACGAGUGGCUGGUUGUACCUGUAGCAACAAAAUGGAGAGUCCUGAUGGAUCUCCUACCGAAUUUAGUACAGCAGUGUCGGUGAGAUUCGGUCCUAGUGAGGAUGCGUACUGCAUUAGUUUAGAGCAUGGCGCGUCGGCGGUGUUGGACCAAGUGGGCGCGGUUUCAUGCCCCGCAGCAAACAGAGUGCAGCUUGCCCGCGCGCGCUGCUCGGAGUUUAUGAAGACAUUUUGUUCAUGGAUAGGGCGUUUAGAUACUGAAUUGACAUGAUUCAUGUGCG